AUGAACUCUGGGUUGAACAACCAAAAUUCUUUGUUUCAGCAGCUAACUCCUGCUUAACUGGAGGAAUAUUAGCAACAACUUAGGUAUGAUUUUAAACCCAUUUUCCCCUUAUCGUAUUACCAGAAUAGCUCUAUUCAAUCAUUUGGCAAUUCAUUACUUAUUUUAGAUAAUCGCAACUUUUCAGUGCCCUCCUGA